GGCUACUAAGUCUUCCGGUUUCCAUCGAACGAUUCUUUGUACAAAAUUUCACCAGUAAAGUUUAUUCCUUCUAAGAAUUCUGCUUCUAACUUGACAUUCAUGAGGGAAUUUUGUGGCCUAUGGCAGGAUAACAUCUAAGUAUGAGUUUCUUGCCAGGCACAGCGAGUCUUAUCAAGGAAAUCGAUAAGAAGCUUCUAGUUGUGUUAAGAGACAAUAGGACUCUAAUUGGAUACUUGAGAAGCAUUGAUCAGUUUGCUAAUCUAGUGCUACARGAUACAAUAGAGAGAAUCCAUGUAGGAGAUAAAUAUGGGGAUAUAAACAGAGGAAUCUUUGUGRUCAGAGGAGAAAAUGUGGUCUUGUUAGGAGAAAUUGACCAAGAGAAAGAAAAAAAUUCAACUCAAMAACAAGUGUCUGUUGACGAGAUACUUGAAGCCCAACGAGCUGAGCAAAUUGAAAAAGAAGAGCAGGAAAAAGCUAAGAAUAAGGCAAGACUACAGCAAGGAAUGCCUGUUAAUACUUCUGAAUCCUAUCUAAGCACUGAUGAUAGGUUUCUUUGAUUCAUGUUUAACUGCAUAAGAUAAGUUUCUCACUAUAAUGUGAGAGAUAGGGAGGGAGGGGCAAUGUUUUUGUAUGCUAUUCUAUUUAACAGUUUAAAACUUKAAGUUUACUUUCUGAAGUUUCUGAAAAUGGUCAAGCACUACUUAUAAAGGAUGGGAACGAUGAAUGAUAAUGAACGAUAUCUGGCAUCAUUUAUUACUAUUUUUUCAGUAACGAUUAUACAAAUAGUUGUUUGAAACCUAUAAUAUUUUAACUUUUCUUUAGUUUUGAUAACAAUUGCUAAGGUAUAUAGAAUAAUGUUUCGUUUUCUUCAAAAAACAAAAAAAUUCUUAAAAAUAUGUUUAUGUUUAUGUGUUGGAUAUGUUUAUAUGKGAUACCACAGGAACCCCAACAUAAGGUUCCUUUGUUCUUUUCUUCGGAGUCCUUAGAGACAUCCUUUGAGUCGUUCAACAAAGCCUGUUGUAUUUUCCCAGUGGUGCACUGCAGUUUGUGCAUGUGUGAAUCACGUCUUUGCAGGAAUCCAAACAGAAUGGUAUCAAGCAGCAACCAAACCAGCACCUGUGGGGGGAGGAGAAAGGAUUGAGAAAUGUUCAAUAUCAAAUAACUAGUUUUAUUAUACAUUUUACUGACUGUCUCACUUCUGAUUGGCUGACAGCCCCCAGCCAAUCCAUGUUAUUGUGUAAACUUGAAAUGAUAAAUGUAUUAUCUGUAG